AUGAUCCAAAGUCGGAAGCCCGGCGAGUUUGCCGACCUAAACGCACCCUACACCGGUGUGGCUCGUCGUCAACCCUGCACCACACGAGGCCGCCCGCGCGUCGCCCCCUGCAGCCCGCGCAUCGCCCCUGCAGCCCGCGCGUCGCCCCUGCAGCCCGCGCGCCGCCUCUGCAGCCCGCGCACCGCCCCUGCAGCCCGCGCGCCGCUCCUGCAGCCCACGCGCCGCCCCUGCAGCCAACGCGUCGCCCUCUGCAACCUGCGCGUUGCCCCUGCAGCCCGCGCGCUGCCCUCUGCAGCCCGCACGUUGCCCUCUGCAGCCCACGCGCCGCCUCUGCAGCCCGCGCGCCGCCCCUGCAGCCCGCGCGUUGCCCUUGCUGCCUGCGCGCCGUCCUUGCAGCCCGCGCGCCGCCCCUGCAGCCCGCGCGUCGCCCUCUGCAGCCCGCGCGCCGCCCCUGCAGCCCACGUGCCGCCCUGCUGUCCGCGCGCUGACCCUGCCUGGCCGCGCACCACCCUUCCCUGA